CGCCGCCAUGACGUAGUGGGUCCGCGCGCCGCGGAGGCAGUGCGCAGGCGCGGGAUUGGCGCUGCCGGGCGGCGGUUGAGGCUUCCAGGCGCGGCGCCGACCAUGACCCAACAGGGCGCGGCGCUGCAGAACUACAACAACGAGCUGGUCAAGUGCAUCGAGGAGCUGUGUCAGAAGCGAGAGGAGCUGUGCCGGCAGAUCCAGCAGGAGGAGGACGAAAAGCAGCGGCUGCAGAAUGAGGUGAGGCAGCUAACGGAGAAGCUGGCCCGCGUCAACGAGAACCUGGCGCGCAAGAUCGCCUCUCGCAACGAGUUUGACCGGACCAUCGCCGAGACCGAGGCCGCCUACCUCAAGAUCCUGGAGAGCUCCCAGACUCUGCUGAGUGUCCUCAAAAGGGAAGCUGGGAACCUGACUAAAGCCACAGCCUCAGACCAGAAGAGUAGUGGAGGCAAGGACAGCUGACAAGUGCCCAUCUCAGCCGUGGCCUAUGGCUGCCCAGUCAGUCCCCGACGUGUCUGUCCUAAAGCAUCUCUGUUCUUCGUGGCCUCAGAUGCCUUCCCACGAUCUCAGGUGCCCAGAGGGACAACUUCCGACCUCCACCUGCCUUGGGUGACGAGAAAAGCCCUAGGACAGGGAAACUCCAACAGGAAAGGAGUUCCCAGCUCUGUGUCAUGGGGACCCUGAGCUCCUGGUUAGCUCCAUGAGGGGCCUCUCUCUGAAGCCCCUGUAUUUCCUUGGGCUGCCAGGAAGGUCCUGGUCCUAGUCCAAGUACUGUGGGAGCCCCUUACUUUGUCUCCUCAGCCACUAGGGGCCCAGCCAGGCAUGCUGAGGAAAGAUUCUUGGCUCCAGAACUGAAACCUUAGGGUCCAUCCCCAUGGCCUCUGACGUUUCAAUAAAGGUUGUUUUUGCAAAGGUC